GCGGCCAUGGGGACCGGGAUGAGUAAGGUUGUGGAUGGGCUGUACCUCGGGAACAUCAGGGAUUCUGAGGACAGAGAGAACCUGGUGAAGCACGGGAUUACGCACAUCAUCUCGGUGCACAACAAUGCCAAGCCUGUGCUGGAAGACAUGACGUACCUCUGCAUAUCAGCCUCGGACUCCUCGAAUCAAAACCUGAUGCAACAUUUUAAGGAGUGCAUCAGGUUCGUGCAUGAAUGCCGUCUGCACGGGGGCGGAUGCCUCAUUCACUGCCUAGCUGGAGUUUCCCGGAGCACCACCAUUUUGGUGGCUUACCUCAUGACGGUGACCAGCCUUGGCUGGGAAGAGUGCUUGACCGCCACCAAGGCAGUUCGCUCGUACGUGAGCCCCAACUUCGGCUUCCAGGAGCAGCUUCAGGAGUAUGAAAUGACUUUGCUGAAGGAGUACCGUGCCUGGAUCCAAACGGAAUAUGGUAAGAAUCCUUUCAAUGACCAGGCAGAGCUGCAGCGCUUGCUGACGCUGCAGGAGGAGAAGGUCAAGGAGCAGCAAGCCGGGCUGAGAGAGGCCACCUGGAUGCACCGUCCGAGCCCGCCGAGUCCCCGCCCGCACACCACCUAUGCCAACAGCAGCCGGUGGAUGAACAGAUAGCAAGAGCUCUUCCAGCCAGAAGCCCUUCAGAUGGGUCGAAUGGUGCCUCCUGCCAUCUUGAGCCAUCGGGGGAGGAGGAGGGCUGAAGUCCAGCGUGCCUGGAGGGAACUGAGGCGGGGGAGGCUGCCUUAGAGACUUGGGCUCAACUCGCCCAAUUUCGUUUUAGAAAGAGCAGUUUGGUUGUUUCGGUCUGCGGUGACUAGUGAGUAGAUGCAUUACCUCUUGGAAAGGAGCUCUCAGUGGGCAUUCUCAGGUGGGGAGAGCCAGACCCCCCCUUAUUUUGCAACCUGGCUCUGAGACAGAAUCACCUGGGUCGGCUGCCCCAGCGGAUCUCUUUGAGCGGCACUGCAGGUGCUCUACUUUUGCACGGUUCUUGAGGGCUUCCGAAGGUCCAGGAGAGCUGAUGGAGAUGGUCUGGAGCCAACGGUCACCAUUCCAGAAGGAGACACUUGAAACGCACUCGCACCGGCACCUGGCACUUUGAGAAGAUGGCAGCAGACUCGCUCACCCUUCCAGAGGGGAAAUGUCUGCGAGCAAGACUGAGAGCACGGGCACUUUUCACUUUUGAACACAGCCAUUGGUAGCAUUUCUUCACUACCCUGGGUCCCAUGUGGCCAUUUGUUGGAAGUGUGCUUCUGAUUCUUGUGGACUUUGGCCUGGCUUGGCUAGCCCAUGGUUUAGUCAACUCAGCUUCUGUUUGGCAAACCAUUGAAUGGACAGCGGUUUGUUUUCUCAAUUCCCGGGUUGUUUGUCUCCUUUCCCUCCCUGUAUCCCAAAUGCCUUUUAUACAGGCAGAACGUUGCACUUCCCCAAAAUAUCCUGCAUCAGUUUAAUUAAAUUGCAAAUGCAACAGGGUGAACAUGCC